CUGUUCUUCUUGUCUUCGAGUUCACUCUUCUCUUUCUCUCUCUACACUGUUCCUGUUCUUGUCUUCGAAUAGAGUUUAAAUUUUCCAUUUCUUCGUUUCUCUUUCACUCUUUCGAUUACAGUUUCCAGGAAAAAGAAUGAAGAAGAGAUACCUACGAUCCGAGCGUAGAAUGAUGGAAGACAAAGAUGACAAAUGUUUAUAUCUAAGGCUUCCAAAGAAAAAGCUUCAAGAAUUGUGCACAAGAUAUGGAUUAUCUCCAUACACGAACAAAGCCAAUUUGGUGGAUUCGCUGUUUGUGUACUUCAAGGCAUCAGGCUUUAAUGCUCAUCAGAUUUGGAAAAAUGAAUCGUCAAGCUUGGAAAUUGUUCAAACCAUGGAGAGCGACAGGCCUAAUGUCCAAGAGAGAGUUCCUCUAAGCAAAAAAAGGAGAAAUCCACACAAUAUUUCUGAGAACAAUAAGAAAGAUGGCGAUUGUAUAAUGGAAUCUUCGAAGUUCAUCUAUGAAGAUAAUAAUGUGGCCUCAAGAAGAAAAGUAAAAGCAAAUGACAGAUCCCCUAUUGAGAUUAGUCCUUCUAAAGUGCCUUCUAAGGAUAUUGUUCCAUCUUUUCACUUUUCUGUAAGUUGUGAUGAAGGGAUUAACCUUUCUGUUGAUUUGAACUCAAACCCAUAUGAUUGGGCUAAGAGAUUGGAGAAUGAAACACACUAUUGCCAUCAUCCUACACAGAAUAAGAUAUCUGGAAGUUUCCUAGCAGAGGUUGAACUUAUAGGGAAUAGCAACAAAGUGAAAGAUGAAUUUCCUAGAAAUUCAAAUUUUGAUGGUGGUGAUCUAUUUGAAGAUAAAAGACGACUAUCAUCACAAUUAACUGUAUUAAGUACUAGCAAGGAUAAGAUGUGUUUGCUUCCAGAAUCUAGUAUUAGUGCUCCAUCUGAGACAAAAUCAUCCAGCGAAGUCAUUGAUUCUACAGGAGAUGCCCAAUUCACAUGAUAAUCAAAACUGUGGAUCAUUGAUAAAAUAAACCAAGAAUCAGAGACCUGUAAGACUUUUGUAAUGAUGUGGAUUUUGUUUUUGGUUGGUCUGUGAUAAUACUGAAACAAGUGAGAAUGAAAUUGCUAACUCAAGAACAUAUGCAAAUUAUGUGCCUGAAGAACAUUCUUGGAGAAAUGGGUAUGGCCCUUUUACAACUUCUAGAUGCUGUUCUCUAUCAUUACAAUGCUUAGCUCAUACAUUACUAUAUCUGGCCUUGUUGAUUUUUUGCCUAUGUGAAGAAGCUCACAACUUGUAUGCAAUGACUUUGUUCACGAGCCAUCUUUCUCUCAAGUCUUAACCUUUUCUGUGUAGUGUAGUUCUUGACCUUUUGUCAGUUGAGAAUUGUAGCAUGUCUUAUCUCUA